AGUUCGUGCUCGUUUGGCAGUAGACUCCUGCGGGGUUUGCGCAGUUUCUGACACCAAUGUCUCAGGCUCAUGUUGUGCGAUUGAACAUUUAUGACCUUCGAUCUGUUGCCAACGAUGUAAUAUUUAAACACUACUGGAGGAUCUGCAGAUGAGAGAAAUAGCAAAACACAUCGGAUCGGAAGUUUAUGGUGAGACAAUAUGAUAUGACGCACAAACUGCUUCCAGGUGACAUUUCAAAGAUAUGUCUAAUUUUCGACGAAGCGUUAAACCCGAAAAAACAUUGCACCUUAUCUUUGCUCAAGCUUAAACACUUACAUUGCUUUAUAUGGCUUUGGCUCUGACUUAUUGGCAAUGCUCUCCAGUGACAAAUGCAACUGAACAAGUAUUGCAUAUUAUUUACCUCCAGGUGUAAAACAAAAAGCUUUGUUGUACUUUGGAUAUGGCUUUUUCUACGACAAACAGCCAGGAAAAUACAUCCUCAGGAGAAUCUGAUGAUGAGCUAUUUUUUGUUGGGGUGUCGGAUAUCUCAAAGCAAACUUCCCCUCUGCGCUAUAGAGACAAAUUGUGGUCAAGGCCCACAGGAGAGAGAAAGCCUGUGAAAAUAGGUCCACCUAGUCCAGUAUUACCGCAAACGAGGCCAACAGGUCGCAGUUUCUCCUGUGAACCACCUCCCAAACCCAUCAUACAUAGACGGGCCCAGUCUCUACCGUCACCUUCAGAAAGGCGGAGGCUCAGUCAAAGAACAGGAGUCCGAUUUGUGGACUCACUGGGAAUGGACCUGGAAAAUGUUAAAGUUUUUAGAAGUGGAGAAGACCCAUUUGUACCAGAGCAUGUUUUGUUUAGACUUUUAAUGAAUGCAGAACUUUCAGCCAACAAGAACUUGGAGAUUUCCCUACCCUAUUUGAAACCUGUGUUCCCUGAGCAACCUGGUGACUGUUCAAAUUUCGUGCAACGUUUGUGCACCCAGCAAGUGUGCAUGGAACGUGUUUUAUGCUACGAGCCAGGCAUUAUUGGCAUUGUCCAAGUUGUCAACCUAGACUUUGAGAAAGAGGUUAUUAUUCGUUACUCCUUCACAAAUUGGAAGAGCUGUGCUGAGACCAAGGCUUACUGGAUUGCCAGUAAAUACCUGGAAGGCUUUUCCACUGGAUGCAGCUUUGACAGUUUUCGGUUCCAUCUUCCGGUUCCACCGUUCAUUCUACACCCUGGAGCAGUGUUGGAGUUUGCAAUCUGUUAUAAAGUAAAAGGGACUCAGUUUUGGGACAACAAUGAGGGACAAAAUUACAAGUUAGUUUGCCAGAGCUACAAAAUUCCUGUUCCCAAGGAAUGUGAAGAUAGCAUGAUACACUUUGUCUGAUUGCUCUUAAACACUUUAUCUAUGCACUCUGUAUAUGACCAUCUUAUUCACUACAGUACACCAGACUUUUCAUUUAGUAAACAUAUACUAUAGAGACGUUUUGCAACUCUACAUUUACAUCUUUGGAGGUUUUCAAUCAUCCAGGUAAGGUUACUUAGAAGUUUAGCCAUGUCAACUGGACUUCUUUUCACAUUGUUUUGUCCUAACAAGAAAGAAGUUCAGGUGACAUGACUGAACUUCGAAAAGUCCACAUUAGUGAAUGUAGGCCUUCAUUGGGGAUGCACAAUAUGUUAAUCAGUUAACAUUAUAACUGAGAUAUUAUUUGGGUAGUGGACCAUUAGUGACAAUAUCAUCAUUGUGCAAGUUGUGUGUGUGUGUGUGUGUGUGUACUGUAUGUGUAUGUGUACUGUAUGUGUUGGUAGAAGUGUCUUUGGCACAGGAGUGCUGAUUAGACUUUAGCACUAUGUACACUUAACCUAAUCGAGUUGCCACUGAGUGUUUGUCUGUUUUUCACCAGCAUAUGUUUAUUGUACUUUGAGGAACAAACUGUUUGCCAAAUCUUCUGACAUAGUUCUGGAUUGAAUCAAAACUCAGGUAUCCAAAUAACUAUCAUGACUAUGUAUCUUUACAGUUCUAUAUAACUGUACCACCAGCCAGCCAUUUUGCUCUAAUGCAAUUGUUGUUAUGUGCAAUGUUUAUUAAAGUUAAAACUACUGAAUAGAUUGUAGGCUAUAUGAUUUUAUUUUCUUACAAAAAAGUGUUAAAAAACCUCUAAAUCACUAUUCGCCAAAUCCCCUUUUAGCUGAAGUGCCUAAGAAGUGGUUAUAAAUCAACAAAUUACACUGAACUCAGUUUUGUAAACUAAGCAAUAAAAUCUUUACUAAA